GUCAACUACACGAAGAAGACGUAUCUCCGCCUACUCAGUCAGCCCGCCUAGUCUAUCAGCCCCCCGCUCUUUAAUGUUAGUUAACCAGCUAGCCUAACCCACAGUUGUUGUGGCUAACAAAGCUAAUAAAAAUUGCUAGCGUGUACUGUAGAUAGUUCGCUAUCUCAGGGCUUGGCUUUAAUACCGGCGAAGGCAUAAUAAGAUAAUUACUGUUGUUUAUUCCUGUUACGAUAAAAUGGCGGAAAAGCCAGAGGCUGGAGACAGCGAAGACGAGGUUGAAGAUGUUUACGAAGUGGAGAGGAUUAUUGACAUGCGAACGGAGGAGGGGGAGGUCCUGUACCGCGUUCGCUGGAAGAACUACUCAUCUGACGAUGACACCUGGGAGCCUGAGGCCCACCUGGAGGAUUGCAGGGAGGUGCUGCUGGGCUACAAGAGGGCUCUGGCAGAGGCUAAGGUCAAGAAAGACCAAGAUGCUAAGAAGGGCAUGGUAAGUCCUAUCCAAGAGGAUCAUAGCCACCAUAAGAAAGGCUUGAAGCUGCCCAUGAAGAGUGACGUGUUCGAUGCCGACUCUGACAGUGAUAAAGACAAGCCCACAGACCUGCCUGUCAAGAAAAAGAAAAAGAAAAAGCCCCAAGAAGAAGAGGCACUUCCCUCGAAGGAGAAGAGGAAAAAGAAGAAAGACAAGCGCAAGGAGGACUUCAGGCCUCGUCCGGCACCAGAGUCUGAUGAAGAGGAGCUUUCCCCUCCCCCGACCCCAGGCCGCAAUACCAAGAUGUCAGACUCCAAGAAGAGAUUUGUUGAAUCUGAUGAGGAAGAAGCCCCCGUGCCCUCCAAGAAGCACAGGAAGGACAAGUCCAAGGAAGGAGGAAAGCAUAGGAAAAAAGAUAACAUGGAGGAAGGGAAGAAGAAAAAGACAAAGAAGGAUCAAAGGGGUGAUCUGGAGUCCACUGAAGAUGAGUCCACCGCCCCCCUGGAAGAGGAGCUUAGCGAGGGGCCAUCUGAGUCCCAGACGGAUGAUACCACACCAACUGAAAAGUCUCGCAAUGAUGACAAGCCCAAGAUUAAGAAGGGAAAGUCAGACCUGAGGCUGCAGGGCAUCAAGGACUUCCUUCAGGACAGGAAAGGCAAGAAGCCGGAAACUACUUCGCCCACACUCUCCACAAGCGGCCUUGCAAAACUCAAGAGCCUCGCCUCCUUCAAGAGCCAGAGCCGGGAUGAGCCCACACCAACCUCUGACUCCAGCGACACCCCAGCCCACGUCCACAAGAAGGCCAAGGGCAAAAGCCAGGAGGCAACUUCUGCACCACCAAAAAUCCCCUCGUCCUCCUCUGGUGCAGGGGCCAGCACCAGCAAGGCCCGAGAGGAGGAGUCUAAAGAGGAAGUGGGCGGGGAUAAGGAACCAGCCACCUCCACUAACCUGUUUGAGAAGUUCCUGCUGAACUGUGAGGCCAAGGACCGCGUUCCCCGCAAACAGAUGGUCCACCAGCCCACCCCUGCAGAGAACACUAAACCACUGAAGCUCAUAGGGAAAGUUGAGAAAAGGACCAAGCCAACAAAGGAGUCACCUGCUCGGAAGCCAGAACCAGACAAGACCAAACAUAAAGACGCAUUUCGGCCCAGUCACAGCCCCGCUGCUGUGGAGACUAGUGACAAGGCGGAGGCAGAGGAUGAACCCGUCCAGAAGUCAAAGUUUGGUGGAGAUGAACGGAGGGAAGAGGCUCAACGCUUGGAGAGGAGGACCCAAGACGAUGACAGAAGGAGGAGGAGGAGGGAAGACAGCGAGCCACGCCUCUUCAUCGCCUGCGACGACAAUCAAGACGCCUUGGAGAGCGCCGACAAGUCUGACAAAGGACAAGCCUCUCUUAACCUUGGAAUGGACCUCAACUUGGACUGGAUGACACUGGAGGACUUUCAGAAACAUUUGAACGGAGAGGAUGAGAUUCUCUCUGCUCCACCGCUAUCUCCCAGUGAGCUGCGGGAUGCAGUGAAAAGCGGGGAUUACAUGUCUGUGAAACUUGCACUCAAUUCCAAAGAGGAUUACAAUCUAGACCAGGAGGCAUGCACUGUUGAACAGAAGAGUUUAAGUGGCAAAGAGAAGCAUUUAAAUGAGGAAAAGAAGAGUUUAAGUGAUAAUGAAGAGAGGCCUUUAUGUGCAGCAGAUAAUCCUCACCGCAGAGGAAAUCCUCACCGUGAGAGGAGUCCUCUAUACAAAGGGCAUCAUUUACACAAGCAAGAGAAUCCUUCACACGAUGAAGAGAAUCCUUCACGCAAUGAAGAGAAUACUUCAUGUGAUGUGGUGAAGACUUUAUGUGACAUGGAGAGAGCUUUAUGUGACAUAAAGAAUUGUGCUGAAGAGAGCAGUUCAAGUGACGACGAGAACAGUUCAGGUGAUGAGGUAGAAGGACAAAGACUGGAUUCAAAUGUCCCAAGUGGGUCAGAUCCUCUUCCAUCUAAAGCAGAAAGCUCCUGCGAUAAUAAUGAAUCGGAGCAGUCCCUUCAAAAAACCUCACAAACUAAAAAACCUUGCAGCAAAAAAUGUGUGCCACGGAAAGGUACGAGGUCAAACUUACGUUCUAGCACAAAAAUGACAGUCAGCACAUGUAGUAUGACAGAUGACGGUAAAAGAAAAUGGGACAAAAAGUACUUCUGCCUGUAUUGCAAUGAACCACACCACAAAAUUGCAAGACAUUUAGAAAGGAUGCACGCAGAAGAAGCAGCUGUCGCUCAUGCUAUCAGCUUCCCCAAACUCUCCAAAAUCAGGUCUCUCUUGCUUGACCAACUCCGUAACAAAGGCAACUAUCUACACAACUUGGAAGUUCUUCAAAGUGGAGAUGGAGAAAUUGUCACAAAGAAAAGACCCUCUUACAAUGGUGUUUCUGUGCGUGACUACCUGCCCUGCCAAUACUGCUUAGCUUUUUUCAACAAAAUAGAUUUAUGGAAGCAUGAGGGCUCAUGUAAAGCCAGAAAAGGACCAGAUGAAAAGAGGGGAGGAAAAAGAGUGCGGGUCCAGGCUGCGUCCUCUCGACUUCUUCCACUGCCUGUCUACUCUACUGGAGGGUGUGAAGAAAUAAUACACAAUAUGAAUCAAGAUGACAUUCAAUGCCACAUCAAAAAUGAUCCCCUGAUAUGUAAAUAUGGCAAUGCAUUAUCUGCAAAGCAUGGCCAUGCCAAGUCACAGUUUACUUAUAUUAGUUCAAAAAUGAGGGAAUUGGCUAGAUUUGUACUUACUGUAAAUGAGAUGGACUGUGGUGUCCAAUAUCUGCAUGAGGUAUGUGUACCAUCCAAAUUUAAAUUGGCCGUUCAUGCUGCCAGGAAAAUGAGUGGUCAUGACCCUACCUCUGACAGGUACAAGACCCCAUCUCUUGCGUUAAAGAUUGGCUAUUCCUUGAAAAGAGCUACUGAAAUAGCUUUUGGGGAGAGUCGUAUGACAGAGGACCGUGAGGCAGAGGCACAAGCCAAAAGGUUCAUUGAGCUGCUUGAAAACAAUUGGAAUAACUGUUUUUCCGGUCUGUCCCUGAGUGAUGUCCCUCAGUGUGAUGAAGUUGAUGUGACUUCACUAACUGAGGAUUUGAUUAAACUUCAGAAGUUUCUCAAGGUUGCAGAGGACACAGCAAAGAGAGAAUUGCUCGAGAGCCCCACCAACGCUGUCUGGAAAAAGCUCAAUGAAACUCUUCUUGCCGAAAUAGCUCUCUUCAACAGAAAAAGGACAGGAGAGGUUGCGAAAAUGCUGUUGGAAACAUACACAAACAGAAAGAAAUCUCCAGCUAGUGCAGACAUUUUCAAUAGCCUCUCAAGGCUGGAACAGGAGCUUGGGGACGACAAAUUAACCAGGGUGGAAAUAGAAGGCAAAAAUGGUAGAACAAUGCCGGUCCUACUAACGGCGAGGAUGAUCUCAUCUCUUGAGAUCCUAAUUGCAAACCGAGACAAAGUUGGUGUGUCAAAGGACAACCCUUAUGUCUUUGCAAGGAGCCCCGAUGCAGCAAGCUACGUCAGAGGGUCCGACUGUUUGAGGAAAUUUGGACGUGCGUGUAAUGCAAAGAAUCCUGAAAGUCUGAUCCAUGCUACAGUGAGGAAAGAGGUUGCUAUCCAUUGCCAAAUUCUGAACUUAAAUGAAAGUGAAUUGGAUCAGGUGGCAAAAUUAUUGGGACAUGACACCCAGGUCCACAAAGAGUACUACAGACUGUCUGAAAACGCAGCACAUCUAGCAGAAAUCAGCAAAUUGCUGCUUGCAAUGGAUCAGGUUCCAGUGGUAAUUCCAGGACCAUCUGAGGAAAGGAUUGUUUCACCUACAUAUGGGACAUAUCCAGCAGGGACAGAUUCUGCAAGGACAUAUCCUUCUGGCACAUAUCCCACUGGGUCAUCAUAUCCUACAGGGACAUAUUCAGCGAAGUCAUAUACUAUUGGUUUACAGCCUAUAAGGUCAUAUCAUGCUGGGACAUAUCCUUCGAAGUCAUAUCCUUCAGGAUCACAUUCUCCGAGGUCAUGUUCUGCAGGGACAGAUUCUGCGAGGGCAUAUCCUACCGGGAUAAAUCCUGCAAGUUCAUAUCCUACUGUGACACAUCCUGCAGAGACCUAUCGAGUAGCUUCAUAUGCUUCAGGGACAUACCUAGCAGAGACGCAUGAUGCAAGGUCAUGUACUGAAAAAACACAACUUGCAAAUGCAUGUCCUGCAAGUCCUUAUGACCUCUCAUCUCCUGCUAGAUCAUUUUCUUCAGGGAUGAAUCCUGUGAGGUCAUAUCCUGCUGGAACAUAUGCUGCGCAGACACUUCCAGCUCAAACACUUCCAGCACGUACAGUUAUUAUACCAACACUUCAUGCGCAGACACUUCCUGCCCAGACGCUUCCAACACAGACACUUCCUGUCGGGGCAGUGCCUGCGGGUGCAGUUCCUGUGGGGACAGGUUCUGUGGGGACAGGUAAGUUGGGCACAGUGUGGAAACAGAGGAUGUGGAGUGAUGCAGCUAAGGCUGCGGUGAACCGUCAGAUGGGACACUUUAUCUCAAUGAUGGAGGUUCCAGGUAAACGGGACUGUGAAGUUUGCCUGCACAAUGAACCAGCUCUAAGAGACAGGACAUGGAGGGACAUCAAAAACUAUGUGCACAACACAGUAAAAUCUAUAAAACGAAAGAAUGGCCUUACAAGAGCGGACCCCACAAAACAGACAAAGAAAGGAUUGGCAAAGAAACAAAAAGAAACAAUAGAGGCUAAGAGUGCUAAGGACUGGGUUGGUGGAACAAUGACAGUACCUGAACAGGGUCAAGAGGCAGGUCCUGUGGCAACACCAAGGAAACCAAAGAUAUGGAGUAAUGAGGCUCAGGCUGCGGUCAGGCGGCAGCUAGGAGACUUCACUAAACUGAUGAAGAUUCCAGGUAAAAAGGAAUGUGAUGCAUGUCUUGCAGCUGAACCAGCUCUGCAAGGCAGGACAUGGAAAGAUGUAAAAAACUAUGUGCAUAACACAUUAAAGACUAUGUGCAGGAGGCAUAGUUCAGGCAAACAAAACAUGGACCAUGAGAAACCAAGUCCAUAUACACAGAAUCCAGGGGUGCAACAGAAUCCAGGGGUGCAUCAGAAAUCAGGGGUGCCGUUGGGACUUCCAGAAGAGCCUCCUGUUUAUCUGUCCUUGUGAUUACCUUGAACUAGAACCUCCCAGGGUUCAAGGUAAGCAAGGAUGGAGAAAGGAGAAAAUGAUUGCUUUUGAUUUAAUCUGACCAUCCUGGCUCACUGAUCUCACUUCAUGACAUAAAGCAAGAAUUAAGUAGAAUUUGAACCAUACCACUACCUACUUUAUUAAUUGAAGUAUCUGUAGCAACUACAUAGUGACAUUAUGCAUGAACUUGUUCAGUCGAUAAGGGAAUUUUCAGAACUUCUUUUGAAUUGUAAAAUGUCCUUGGCACAGUGUAUCAUGUGGCGCCAAAACUCAAAGUCCUUUGGUAAAGGUCCACAUUUGCAACCAUGGCGAGAGGAAGCAAGUAAAGAUGGACUCGAACUAAAAAAAGUAUAUUUAACAAUUCCAAUGAUCCUUUUAUAUAAAAUCUGUCAAACUGAAUCUCCUGGGUCAGCAACAGCAACAAGACUCAUGGACGCACUUUCGGAAUCCAAACUUACCCCAUGUUUCUGUAAGACCCAUGUUGCAUAAAAAUGCCCAAGAUAACUGACAGAAAUAUAUGCUCCACAUGCAUAGAUAACAUGUACCAAGUACAGUGAAUGUUUUGUUUUCUUCAUAGAGGGAAAAAGUAGUGCAAACCUAGACAGUUAAUCUGAUGACCAUACUUUUUUGAUCACAUUACUGUUAUCCGUUACUUUCAUCAAAUGGAUCUGGAUCCAGAUGUAUAAAAUCUUUUAUGUGUAUUCUUGCCUGUACCGUUGUAUGUGUAGCUAAUGUAUAUGUGUAGGUUGGGUUUUGAGUUAAAGCAACUGACCAGCAUACCUGGGAAUUUAGCAGGUUAUUUUUAAUAGAUGUGCGGUAUGAACGGGUUUCAUGGCUCCAGACUGACCAUUUAGUUGCAUUUUGCAACCAUUUGACUUGGCUGUGCAAGAAAAAAAACAUGAUCUCAUCGGUGCGAGCUGCACAUUUUACAUUGUCACCUCACUCAAACCUUCCUAUUUUUGGGGGCAGCUAAAACCAUGAUUUGGUCAAACCGUAAAGAGCAAUAUCCUCAUGAACGUCUGUCCCUCUGCCUAUUUCACUGGGGACUGCUGAUGUGAUGAGCAAACCGCUCUCCUCUCUGGGAGAAAAAGAUUGUUUCUCAUUGUAUAACAUUUCAAAAUGCAAUUGCGAUAAAAACACAGCAUUGGAAGAAACUACCGUAGUCCCUGUCUGUAGGUAUCAUUUUUAUUUCUCAAUAUUUAGCUCUGGAGCAACUAUUUUACAAACAAGCGAUUUGAUAUGGCUUUGCACAAAAUGAACAUUGGUUAUUGAGCUGUUUUAUUUUAUUUAACCUUUAUUUAACUGGGCAAGUCAGUUAAUAAAGAACAAAUUCUUAUUUACAAUGACGACCUACCCCGGACGCCGCUGGGCCAAUUGUGCGCCUCCCAAUGGACUCUCAAUCACGGCCGGAAGUGAUACAGCCUGGAUUCGAACCAGGGUGUCUGUAGUGACACCUCUAGCACUGAGAUGCAGUGCCUUAGACCGCUGUGCCACUCGGGAGCCCAGUAUUCAGACACCAUGACUUUUUCCCCCAUUUUGUUACGUUACAACCUUUUUCUAAAGUGGAUGAAAUGAAACAUUUUCCUUAUAAAUCUACGUACAAUAACCCAUAAUGACAAAGCAAAAACUGUUUUUUAGAAAUGUUUUUAAAUGGAAGGGAAACAAACAGGAAUACCUUAUUUGCGUAACUCGAAAUUGAGCUCAGGUGCAUCCUGUUUCCAUUGAUCAUCCUUGAUGUUUCUACAACUUUAUUGGAGUCCACCUGUGGUAAAUUCAAUUGAUUGGACAUGUUUUGGAAAGGCGCACACCUGUCUAUAUAAGGUCCUACAGUUGAAAGUUCAUGUUGGAGUGUUGCCUUUUCAAAUCGUGUUCUUGGGGACCUUCAAUGCUGCAGACAUUUUUUCGGUACCCUUCCCCAGAUCUGUGCCCCGACACAAUCCUAUCUCGGAGCUCUAGAGACAAUUCCUUCGGCCUCUUGGUUUUUGCUCUGACAUGCACUGUCAACUGUUGAAGAAACAUCUUGAGGAUGAUCA